UUUUAAUUAAACCAUUUUCUUCCUACUAAAAGAAAAAGAUUCAUGGGACUGCCCAAAAUCUCCAACAGAUCUGCAAAAACUUCAAAGCCUCCAUUUUUCCUUCCUCCCUCUUCUCUUUCUUAGUCCAAAUCGUCAACUCUCACUCUGUCUCUCUCUCUCUCUCUCUCUAAAACCGCCAUUUCCACCACCUCAAUAUCUCUCUCACUCUCAUCUCGACACCAUUAUUGAGGUGGGUUUUUGCUCUCUUCACUCCCAACCUCUAAAUCUUCUACAAUCCCCAAAUCUUCCAAAUUUGAGAAAAGCCCACAAAAAGAAAAAAAAAAAAAUGGGAAAAGCCUCCAUUAUCAUAUACAUUACGCUAGCAUUGCUUCUCCUUUUGCUCAUCUCAUACUCUCCCAACAAAUCCAACAGCCAUCAUCGCCAUCGCCGCCUGAAGCUCCGCUCUAACUUCACCUUUUCCCCCCAUGUCCACCACGACCACAUACCCUUUGAUCCCCUUGUCGCCGACAUCGAGCGGCGGCGUGAAGACAAAGAGUGGGAGAAGCAGUAUUUGGAGCAUUCACACCCGGAACUGGUGACCCAUGACCCGGCUCCGGGCCAUGAGACUCAGCCGGAGUGGGAGGACUUCAUGGAUGCCGAGGACUACUUGAAUGAUGAGGAGAAGUUCAAUGUGACGAGCAGGUUGGUGUUGUUGUUCCCCAAGAUCGAUGUGAACCCCAAUGAUGGGUUUGUGAGUGAGUACGAGUUGACUGAUUGGACCUUGCAGCAGGCUCAGAAGGAGGUUAUGCAUAGGACUGAGAGGGAGAUGGAGCUCCAUGAUAAGAAUCAUGAUGGGUUUGUUUCGUUUUCGGAGUAUGAUCCCCCAAGUUGGGUUCAGAAUGCAGAUAAUAAUUCAUUUGGCUAUGAUAUGGGUUGGUGGAAAGAAGAGCAUUUUAAUGCAUCAGAUGCAAAUGGAGAUGGCCUCCUAAAUAUAACUGAGUUUAAUGACUUUCUACAUCCAGCUGACAGCAAAAAUCCAAAGUUACUUCAUUGGUUGUGCAAGGAGGAAGUAAGAGAAAGAGAUACAGAUAGAGAUGGAAAGAUUAACUUCAAAGAAUUUUUUCAUGGGCUAUUUGAUUUGGUGAGAAACUAUGAUGAUGAAAGUCACAAUUCUGCACAUGAUUCUGAUGAUUCAAUGGAGAUCCCGGCUAAACACUUGUUUGCUCAGCUUGACAAAGAUGGUGAUGGAUACUUGUCAGAUGUAGAAUUGCUACCUAUUAUUGGAAAAUUACAUCCAUCAGAACAUUACUAUGCAAAACAGCAAGCAGAUUACAUAAUAGGACAGGCGGAUAGCGAUAAAGAUGGGCGUCUGACACUGACUGAGAUGAUAGAUAACCCAUAUGUUUUCUACAGUGCUAUUUUCAGUGAUGAAGAAGAUGAAUACGAGUACCAUGACGAGUUUCGUUAGUUUCAUCCUAGGGUAUUUGAUCAGAGAAUUUGAUAGACUUCAUGCAUUGUUUUUGCCAUAUAGAAUCAGCAGCACUAGGACUUCAACAAUUUUUCCGUAAAGGGUUGUGCCCUUCCAAAUCACUAUUCAUGAUAUGAACCUUGACCCCAGUCUGAAAGAGUGAUUUUACAGUCUGAUGAUGAUAGAAUAUUUUAAUUUAUGAAAAACAUUUUUAUAGUAUAAUUGAAUCCUUGGAAUGUUUUAAUAUUUAUAUUUAGUGUCAUACAUGUACCAUAAACACAAAAAUUAUCAGUCGUUUAAAGGGAAGAGUAGUUUGAAGGCCUUUAGCUUCAUUGGUUGAGGCAUUUUCGCUAUGUUUGUCCACUUGUUUCUGUGCCAUGGAAGAUGAAAAUGAAAACAUGAUGUGGCUCUUACAAAAAUGAAUUUUGUGGGUGGGUUUGUGUAUGAAAAACAGUAUUGGAAGCCUAUUAAAUAUGACGCUAUGACAGUCUUAAUCUA